CACCCAUUCACCAUUGUCUUCUUUCCAAUGAGUUCUUUUGUAAUGUCAUCUGAAUAUGAGUUGUUUUAUGAUGAAUUGACAUAUUUAGAAAUAUACCCUGCAGUAUUAACUACUCUAAGCCGUCAGGAAUUUCUCUUUGCUAGGAUAUUAGAGCACAUAAGAACAAAGUCUUAUUUACUGUCCAUUUAAAACAUCUUACUGGAUUAUGUGUUUUGUUUUGAGCUGCAAUGUUUGGAUCAUAUUCCUUCUUAUUUCCUUCUUUUUUCUAUGUAGAAAAUUCUUGGUAGGUUGUCCUUUUGUGUCACUCUAAAUCUGUUUAUCAGUUCUUUCGGGACAAACUUAUAUGUCUUAGAUUAAUAGUAUGUGCAAGUGAACCUGCUGAUAUCUACAAGCACUUGAGAGUACAACAACAACCACCCCAGUAUAUUCCCAGAACCUGCAAGUGAACCUGUUGAUAUCAAUUUGGUUGUUCUUUUUUUUUUUUGUUUUUUUUCCUGAGGUGGUUAAUAAAGAAAACCAAUGGCAUCAAAAGGCUAUGAUACUGGACGGCGUAAGAAAGAUAAGAAAGGACCUGAUAAUCUUCCCGCAGGUCAAUAUACAACACCACGGUAACAACUCUUCAACCACCUACUACAAAUAUUCUUCCUCCUCCAAGGACAACUAUUUCAUUACCAAAUGCAUUUUUCAUGCCCCCACCGCCCCACCAGUUCCAGCCCUCUUCUCCCCAUAAUAGUCUACAUUCUGUACCUUCGACAUCAUCCACACCUAGCCUUUCUGGAUUGAGAAUUGGAGGUCCUAGCACAUCAGCAUCGCCAUCUAUUGAUAGUGCUACAUCGUCUAAUGCUACAAUAGCUGCUUCCCAGAUUCUGAAAUUUAAAGAGGUAGUAGAAUAUGACGGCAACGGGAGGCUAAUUAUCGCCCCUGAUGGUAAUGGAUUCAUUCCCGCAUAUAGCGCCAGACAUAUGGUUAUAGAAGCAACUAAACCAUUUUAUACGGAGCCAUGGGGUAGUUGGAAUGAGAUUCAACUCGACAUCAGAAUUCUUAUGUGGAAACAAUUUAUAACAAAAUGUGUAUGGAAUUCUUGUCAUGAAAAUGAAAUACAAUGCAUUUUCAAGUUGAAAGCAGCUGUACGGAUCAAAGAACACUUGUAUGAGGCCAGGAGGAACUUGGAAAACUUGGUUGGUUGAAUGCUGAUGUGUGAGUCAAGUUCUUGGAAAAAUGGGAUACUCCUGAAUAUAGGGCGAAGAGGAAACGGGCAAAGGCAAAUAGAGAGUCUCAAACGGGUGGCUCGUUGCACACAAGAGGUUCGAUGAGUUUCGCUAUCCACCGACGAAGACUGGUAAUAUUAGCUUAAAUUUAUGAUUUGUUCGAUUCAGUUCAAUGUUCUAAUACAUGAACUUCGCUCAUAUAUAACGUCAGAAAAUACAUGUUUAGACACCGCUAGAAAAUGUACUCUAAUUGGACAAAUCGAAUCACUUAUGCUCUUUGCCUGAACUAAGUAAAAGAUCAGAAAAAAACAUAUAAAAGAAGCAAAAGCCAUUUUAACUCCAGGAAGACUAAAUAUGAACUCUUGUUGUUCACUGCACUUGUGUUUAAUAGCAUAGUUGGAUGUGGAAAAUUUGUUAAAACGUAUACUAAGGGCUGUGGGGGAAUCUUCCAAGCACCUUCAAGUCAACAGAAAGAUUUGAAGUCUUGCACCAAUUAUUAAGAUGUAACUAUCAAGCCUUGUGACCGAAUUAUUCAAUUUGUAAGUGGUCAUUUCCACGUAAGAAUUGGACUGCAAAGAGUUGGUAUUGGAAAAGUCUAUGCAUUAUGUAUAGAUAUUUCCAAAGUUUUUUAUCCUCUAGUUAUGCAUAUUUUUCUGUUCUUUCUUCGUUUGGUCAUUAUCAUGUAUAGUUAAAAUCUUAUAUCUAUUAUAGCAUAUUCCAACUAUGGUUAUAUCAUAUCUAGAUGCCUUCUCAGGCAUUGGAAAUAGAAAAAUUUGCUUGCACUUGUUGUUUAUGCUACAUGCACACUACGUUGGUGCAGAUCUAGAUAUCGGGUCCUCCAUGAUCCAAGCUUUGAAAUCGGGUGUACAGAUCUAGAUAUGGAUAUGGGUGCGGGAAAUCUGCUAAUAAUAAUUCAAAUGUCUAAAAGUAGAGUUUAGAAAAAUAUGCCUAAGACGUUCUUGAAACUGUUAGUUCAUCAUCUGUAAUCUUGAACAGCUUAAGAGUUUUUACGAGUUAAUUUCUUAAAUGAUUACUCAUGAUAACUAAUUUACUUAGCAAACUCACUAUUUUUGGUAACAAUGGAUCAUUGAGGUAUGAAACUCGCGAAAAGCUAAAGACUACAUUAGUUUUGUUGUUGAUGAAUCCACCUCUAUUCUUGACGGAGAAUAUAGGUAAGGCUUGGGAGGAAUUUCCAAAGAGUCUAGUUUCCCUUCUAACAUUUCAACAACCUUGCUCAUGGAUGGUCGAUUUGAUGGAUCAGUCUGUAUGCACCAUAAACUGGCUAUGACCCUCUUUCUUGCACAUUCGUUCUCCUCUCCAUUCAUUAUCCCGAUGAGUUGAAGAUCUUCGUCUAGUUCGAUUCGUUGAUAGAGCCAGUGUGGAAAGUAGAUCUCACUCGUGCGAUCAGCUCCAGCGUCAACAUUUUUUCUUCCUCCAACCAUCUCUAGGACCAUCAUUCCAUAGCUAUAGGCGUCAGACUUGUGAGAGACACCUCCCAAGUUUUUGCAAAUUAUUUCUGGAGCAAUAUAACCAAUAGGGCCUCGUGGACCUAAUAUUGACACACCUCUCUCCGUUUUCAAACACAGUUUGGCAAGACCAAAAUCAGAAAUCUUACGACAAAAGUUGUCAUCAAGUAGGAUAUUAUGAGGCUUUAACAUAUGAAGCAAAAGAGUAAAACCAAUAGUCCAACAAUAAACAAACUAGCACCUGAGGAAACAAAAUGAAGUCAUGCACUAUCUGGGAAAUUAUCUACAAUUCAAAUAGUAGAUACAAACAAGAGAAGAAAUAUAAGUCGAAAGAAUAAAAUAAAGAAAUGCCUCAAAUUUACGCGCCGAGUAUCCACAACUUCUGGACAGAAUACAUAGUUAUUAUCAGAAUUUUCCCGAGCAGCUGCCUUACGUAGCUUGCCACCAGAAACACCGUUAUCAUCCUUAGACUUUGAACAGGAGUAGUGCAGUUCUAAAUCAUGAUGCAUCUCCUUCGGCUUACAUUUUUGUGCUAUUUCUUUUGCUUUUAGUAACAGCUGUGAUAUCCAAUUCUCAGAAAAUAUACAUCUCAAAUGUAAGGUUCCUUUACCACGGCCUCCCAUAUCUUUAGAUGUAGCUUGUAGCUUUCUUGAUUGGGUGUCAAAUAUUAUAGCUUUCUUGAUUGGGUGUCUAAGACAUUGGAGUUUUCAAGAAUCAACCUCAUUAGGUGUCAAAGGUUGUAGCUUUCUUGAUUGGGUGUCAAAGAUUGUUGCUUUCUUGAUUGGGUGUUAAAGGUUGUAGCUUUCUUGAUUUUAGUGUGUUAAAUGUUAAUGCAAAUGCUAAAAUAUUGUUGUUGCUUUGUGGAACAUCUAUGGAGUUCUUUUGGUUUGUAGUAGCUUUGUUUCUUGGUUUUGCUUCCCUUGUUUUUAGUGUUACUGAUCCUAAUGACUUAGCUGUGAUUAAUGAGUUUAGAAAAGGGUUGGAAAAUCCUGAAAUCUUGAAAUAGCCUGAAAAUGGUGGUGGUGACCCUUGUGGUUUACCAGUUUGGCCACAUAUUGUGUGUGCUAGUAGUAGAAUUCAGCAGAUUCAAGCUAUGGGGUUGGGUUUAAAAGGCCAUUUACCUCAAAACUUGAAUAAGUUGUCAAAGUUGACAAAUUUGGGUUUGCAAAAGAAUCAGUUUAGUGGAAAGUUGCCAUCUUUUAGUGGUCUGUCCGAGUUGAAGUUUGCUUACUUGAAUUUCAUCCAGUUCGAUACUAUACCAUCGGAUUUUUUUGGUGGACUUGUGAGUCUACAAGUUUUGGCUUUGGAUGAAAAUCCUUUAAAUGCUACUAGUGGUUGGUUAUUGCCAGAUAGGCUUCAAGAUUCAGCUCAGUUGAUAAAUUGUAAUUUGGUUGGUCCCUUGCCUGAGUUUCUUGGUACUAUGUCUUCUUUAGAGGUUUUGUUGUUGUCUACAAAUAGACUUUCAGGGCCUAUUCCAGGUAGUUUCAACAACGCUGCGCUGAAAAUGUUUCAGUGGUUUUAUUUUUGAAGAAAGAAGACCUGUGGCUACCAAGAACCAGAUUGUCCGAAAGUGUCCCCUUUUUGAUGUUCCUGCUGUUAGAUUGCUAACUACAGCAACAUCUGCAAACGAACACUUCUGAGUUCUCAAUUAAGUGAAAAAUGUCUAUUACUGAUAGAAUUAAGGAGUCAUCUGACAGUUUCAAUUCUACUAUAAUUUGAGAAACUAGUUAGUUCAUACUUUUGCA